ACAGUCGAUCUUUUAUUCGUAGGAUGAGUUCAGCAGCAGUGAUUAAUCAGAGCAGGACGUCUGCAUUGAAUCUGCUCUCUGAUUGUGAUGAUGACGACUGAGACACUUUGUUCCUUCUCAUUAUAAAAGAGGAGAAACUGAAACACUUUCCAUUUGACUUCUCCUGGGCCUCAGGACUGAACCAAGCUGCUCCAUCUUCCACUGUAACUCCAGGACUCUUCACACACACACACCAGGACCCAACAUGAGCUUGCAACUGGAAAUGAAGAAUGUGAAUCUGAAAACUGGCGAUCAGCUGAAAAUCAAAGGAAUACUUCUGCAUGAUGCUGAAAGAUUCCAGAUCGACCUCGGCAGCGAUGAAGACAACCUGGCUCUUCACUUCAACCCCCGGUUCCACGACGACUGCGACGGAGCUGUGCUCGUGUGCAACUCCAGGUCGGACGGGUGCUGGGGCGACGAGCAGCGGGACACACACAACCCUCUGCAUAGGGGAGCAGAACUCAAGAUUGUGUUGAAGCUGAGCGGAGACAUGUUCGCGGUGGAACUCCCUGAUGGGAACGAAGUCCAGUUCCCGAACCGAGUUAAAAUGGGCGUCUUCGACUACUUCCGAGUCAUCGGGGACAUCAAGCUGACGUCCAUAAAGAUCAGCCAAUAGAAACAGCUGCUGUGACACGUGCAGCUUGGUUGAAAACAAUAACUAAAUGUUUGAAGACUUGUGAUAAACUACAUAGAAUGUUUAAAUGGAUGUUUGUUUUCUACUUAUCGGAAGUAAAUGCAAAAGUGUACUUGAGUUUGAGUUCUUCCUUCACCAGUGUUUAUUUGAAAUGUUGUUGUUUACACAGGGUUACAUACGAGUACAACCUAAAAUGAUGUUGUCUUCAAAUACUUCAAAUAAAGUGAAAGCAAAGAAGCCACUGGAUUAUUGCAUUUGUUAUUCUGUGUUGGAUUUUAAACUAUUACUGAUUUUAUCAAAAUUAGAGGAAUUAUCUCCAUAAA